CCUCUGUAACAGCAUCAGCUACUCACUCACCACUGCAAAGCUCAGGGGAUGUGAGAUCUCUCCAGUUUUCUUACUGAGUGUUUCUGGAUGUGAGUGCAUUGCACUGAAAUCUUCCUGCCUCUAUCAACAGACAAAGAUAAGGCUUAAAGCACCCCAGUCUACUUCAUCAACCGGACCUGAAUGACCGGCUGUUUCUUACCACUUGGAGUCAUCUAAAAAGAAGUUCACAAGACCAGCAAGACAAGGAAACUUCAUAUGACAGAUGAGUGAUCACCCCUCAAAAGAGAUGUCUGACAACAACAACAGCCCUCUCUUGCCAGAGCCUCUUUCCAACAGAUAUAAACUGUACGAAUCUGAGCUAAGCAGCCCUACCUGGCCUUCAGGCUCCCAGGACACACAUCCAGCCCUUCCCCUGCUGGAAAUGCCUGAGGAAAAGGAUCUCCGGUCAUCUGAUGAAGACAGCCACAUAGUGAAGAUUGAAAAACCCAAUGAAAGGAAUAAAAGGAGAGAGAGUGAGGUGUCCCGGAGGGCUUCUGCAGGCCGGGGAGGCUUCAGCCUCUUCCAAGCUGUGGGCUAUCUCACUGGUGACAUGAAGGAAUGCAGAAACUGGCUGAAAGAUAAGCCCCUGGCCCUCCAGUUCCUAGACUGGGUCCUGCGGGGAACAGCUCAGGUGAUGCUUGUCAACAACCCCCUCAGUGGGCUCAUCAUCUUCAUAGGGCUCCUGAUCCAGAAUCCCUGGUGGACAAUUGCUGGGGUCCUGGGGACCGUGGUCUCCACCUUAGCUGCUCUUGCCUUGAGCCAGGACAGGUCAGCCAUCGCCUCUGGACUUCAUGGCUAUAAUGGGAUGCUGGUGGGACUGCUCAUGGUUGUGUUCUCAGAGAAGCUAGACUACUACUGGUGGCUUCUGUUUCCUGUGACCUUCACAUCCAUGGCCUGCCCAGUUGUUUCCAGUGCUUUGAGUAGCAUCUUCAGCAAGUGGGACCUGCCAGUGUUCACACUGCCCUUCAACAUCACCUUAACACUGUACCUGGCAGCUACAGGCCACUACAACCUCUUCUUCCCCACAACGCUUGUCAAGCCUGUGUCUUCAGCUCCCAAUAUCACCUGGACAGAGAUUGAAAUGCCUUUGCUGUUACAAACCAUCCCUGUUGGGGUCGGCCAGGUCUACGGCUGCGACAAUCCUUGGACAGGUGGCUUGAUCUUGGUGGCUCUGUUUAUCUCCUCACCACUCAUCUGCUUACACGCAGCCAUAGGGUCAAUUGUGGGGCUGCUAGCAGCACUGACUGUGGCCACGCCCUUUGAGACAAUCUAUAUGGGCCUUUGGAGCUACAACUGUGUCCUCUCCUGUAUCGCCAUCGGAGGCAUGUUCUACGCACUCACCUGGCAGACACACGUGCUGGCCCUUGUCUGUGCCCUGUUCUGUGCAUACCUGGGAGCGGCCCUCUCCAAUAUGAUGGCAGUGGUUGGCGUGCCUCCAGGCACCUGGGCUUUCUGCCUCUCCACCCUCACCUUCCUUCUCCUCACAAGCAACAACCCUGGCAUCUACAAGCUCCCGCUGAGCAAAGUCACCUACCCAGAGGCCAACCGCAUCUACUUCCUGACAAUGAAAGGCGGUGAAGAAGAGAAGUCCCCCAAUGGUGGCAGUGGAGAGCAGGCGCAGGGAGCAGGCCAGCGGAAGGCAGAGGAGGGCUCCGAGACCGUGCUCCCCAGGCGCAGGAGCGUGUUCCACAUUGAGUGGUCAUCCAUCCGGAGGAGGAGCAAAGUGUUUGGAAAAGGAGAACACCAAGAGAAACAAACCAAAGAGCCAGUUCCCUACCCAUACCGGAAGCCCACAGUGGAGCUCUUUGACCUGGACACCAUGGAGGAGAGCUCUGAGAUAAAGGUGGAGGCCGGCACAGCCAGGACUUCCUGGAUUCAGAGCUCCAUGGCCGCUGGUGGGAAGAGAGUCAGCAAAGCCCUCAGCUACAUCACAGGAGAGAUGAAGGAGUGUGGAGAGGGACUUAAAGACAAAUCUCCAGUGUUCCAGUUUCUGGACUGGGUGCUCCGAGGCAUGUCCCAGGUGAUGUUUGUGAACAACCCUCUCAGCGGUGUCCUCAUCACCCUUGGCCUCUUCGUGCAGAAUCCCUGGUGGGCCAUCUCUGGUUGCUUGGGCACUAUCGUGUCCACCUUGACUGCCCUCGUCCUGAGCCAGGACAGGUCAGCCAUUGCGGCAGGACUGCACGGCUACAAUGGGGUGCUCGUGGGGCUCCUGAUGGCCGUGUUCUCAGACAAGGGCAACUACUACUGGUGGCUGCUGCUCCCUGUCAUCGCCAUGUCUAUGACUUGCCCCAUCCUUUCCAGUGCCCUGAGCACCGUCUUCAGCAAGUGGGACCUCCCCGUCUUCACUCUGCCCUUCAACAUCGCCGUGACCCUGUACCUGGCAGCCACAGGCCACUACAACCUCUUCUUCCCCACAACGCUGCUGCAGCCUGCAGCCGCCACACCCAACAUCACCUGGUCGGAAGUCCAAGUGCCUUUGCUUCUGCGAGCCAUCCCAGUUGGGAUUGGCCAAGUGUAUGGCUGUGACAACCCCUGGACUGGAGGCAUCUUCAUCAUAGCUCUGUUCAUAUCGUCACCUCUCAUUUGCUUGCAUGCUGCCAUUGGAUCCACCAUAGGGAUGUUAGCAGCGCUCAGCAUCGCCACACCAUUUGACUCCAUCUACUUUGGCCUGUGUGGCUUCAACAGCACUCUAGCCUGCAUUGCCAUCGGAGGCAUGUUCUAUGUCAUCACCUGGCAGACCCACCUGCUUGCCAUUGCCUGUGCGCUGUUCGCAGCCUACCUGGGUGCCGCCCUGGCCAACAUGCUGUCUGUGUUUGGAUUACCACCCUGCACCUGGCCCUUCUGCCUCUCAGCGCUCAUCUUCCUUCUCCUCACAACCAACAACCCCGCCAUCUACAAGCUCCCGCUCAGCAAAGUCACCUACCCGGAGGCCAACCGCAUCUACUUCCUGUCCCAGGAGAAGAACAGAAGGGCAUCAACCAUAACAAAGUACCAGGCCUAUGAUGUCUCCUAAACUGUCCUUUCUAAAGCAUGUUACAUACAUGCAGUCUCCAGCACAUGGGUCUGCACCCCAUGCUAAGGUCACUCAACCUCCCUUCUGUCUGAUAUGUAUGUGGUUACUAGUUGGAAACCUCAGUAAGAUGUGCAGGACUCAUCAAAGCCGUGCUAGCUUAGACUAAAUAGCCACUGAUGGCUCUCUGGGAACUCUCUUCAGGGGAAACUUGCUAAUCACCCCUUUCACUUAUUUAGUGGAGCAAAGCAUGAUGCCAGGAAAUCCUCGUUAGUCUGCAAGGUAAGAGGGCGUAGUCCCUACCCUGCUCUGCUACUAUGGGUUCCAACUGUCUCGGGCCAGUCCUCUUCCCCCUCCCCCAUGUCAGCCAUGGGUUUCUUUACGACGAGGAGGAACUCUAAAGUCCUUCUACCUCCGAGAUGUUUCUUUCCCAUCUCCUAUAUCUCCUAUAUACUAAUCAACUCAGCAUGACCAGCAAGCAAUUGUCCUGAGUUGAGUUACUUAGAGAGGGUUCCCAGAGGACAGAGAGGAAAGUGUUAGUGUCCUCUGGGAGUUUAUUUUUAGACAUAGGAGAUGCUUUCCAGACUUGGGACUAGACACCUGAAUUCAUUGAAAAUGCCAAUGCACCUUCUCUGCACCACAGGGAUAGUUCAGAAACAUCAGAAGGUGAACAUUGAUCUCUUCCAACACCCAAAUCAUAGUGUAAAUAAACGUCUUUGCCUGUGUAAUAUUCGAAAUCAUACUCUCAUUAAAGUUGAAAUUCGCAA